UUUCUCUCUCAUCGUCUCUCUCCCUGUCUUUCUUCCCCACACCCCUCCCUCCAUCCCUGCUUCUCCCCAGGGCGCUAACUUUCCCGCCUGCCUUGUCCCUGUGGGCCUCUGUUGCUGAGCAACCGCGGGCGCCGCCGGCCGCCGAUGGUGAAGGGAGCUGUUUCCGGCGCGUGCCGGUUGCCGGGCGACGGCCGGCCGUCGAGCUCCCGGAGACAAGAGUUUGCAGAGUUUCCUAAACCUCCCGAACCUAACUUCUGGCAGUGCAGCUGCAAAUUGAGACAAUUCCAACCGGAAUGGGGAUGGAGACGGAGAGUCAGGUUCAAACUGAGACUCCAUCAGGUCCCAUUAAAGACCACUGUGAUUAUCUGAUGGACUCCAUUGAUGCUCAACUCAGUCAGAUGCAGUUCUCGAACGCUACAAGUCCUGCACAGCCAGCCACUGAGAGCGCCACCUUCUGGAACGGAGAAGAGCUCCACAGCAGCACUGGUCGCCUUGGCCAGGAGGGAGUCCAGCGUCUGAUCGGGCCACGGGACGUGACAGUGUCGUGCAGUCAGAACCCAGGUUCCAGAAGCCAUCCCGACGUUCCUUUCCCCGGGCCCGGAAGAGAAGCGGGAGACGGAGACUCCAGGAGGAGACAGUAUGAGUGGAGAGUCCAGUGCCUCUUGGGACCCCAGCAGAUGCAGGAAGAUGCCCACCACAGCGACUCGAACAGCGUGUGCACAGAGGACUUUGCCACCCGCUUCCAUGAGGGGAUGGUGGACCCCGUCUGGACCUUUGACUCGGGUUCAGAGGGCAGGAUGUCACUUGGCAGCCAGGAUUCCCUGGAGGAAGUAUCUCAGGAGUCCACCGGCCUUCAUCCAGGAAGCCCGGAAAGCGAAGCCUCGGAUCAUCCUCGGGAAGGGUCCUGUGGGGAGAAGGUCGGCCACGACCCGAUAUUAUGCGGGCGAAAUCACGGGGUUGCUCUUUGGGAAAUCUCAGGAAGAAUUCGGCCGUCCCGAUCCAUUGAGAAGCGGGAGCCUGUGGGGAGCAUCGAGGAGGAGGUUGUCAACCCUGCCAGUUCUCCAGCCGAGGAUCGGGAGAUCGUCCAACAAUUUCAAGAGUUGGAGCAUGUCCUGCUGGGGAGCAGGUCCCUGGCUGGGCCUGAGUGGGAUUAUUCUGUGCCCCAGGGGCUGAGCUACAGGACCGGCAGCGUCGAGUCUUUGGGCCACAGGAUUUCAAAGCUCAGCCGGAACAACAUGUCGGAGCAAAGAAACCCCCCUCUGGGGAACGGGAUCAGGGUUCCCAUCUCGGCCCUAGAACCUCCUGUCAACCCAGAUCCAAGGAGAGACAGCACUUUGGUCUCGAGUAGCUCUCCUGCAACCGCCCCAGGUGAGGAGAAGCACGAGGGUCUGAGCUCUGACCUGGCUGGUGUCGGAGUGAAGCUGAGAGAGACAACACAGAGAGUGUCACGGGACGGAGAGAGGCUGGGCAGAGAUGUCCACCCUGAACCACCGGCCCUGUCAUCUGUGUGUGUCCGCAAACCGAUCCCGUUGCAACAAGGGAACCCGGCUCCCAGAUUUCAGGAGGAUGCCGUGCCGCUGAAUGGAUGCCGCUCGCCGUACCAUGCCGCACACACUUCCGUGUUUCGCCACACAGCGAAUGCCGGCACCGCACCUGCAAGUGGCCGGGGCGCAGCGGAACAUGCAGGUGAACCCACCAUUGCAGGACAGCGGGAGGGAAUGAGCGGCAGUCUUGUUGGUGGCUCUGAAUCCCUGCCGUGGUCCACUGACCCCUCCAGGGACCGGCCAGUCCCGCCGCCGGCUUGUCGUGCUUGGAGGAGCAGCGUUGUCGGUGAUCGCUGCCCCGUCACUCCCCACUCCCCGGAUCCACCACGCCACACGCUGACCGGCUCCAGCCUCGGCGCCAAGGCAACAAGGCAGCUUGCACGAAGCAGCGCACCGGGGGGCUACAGAGGCUCUCUGUCCUCACCCCAGGGUAAACCUCCACCAGGACAUUCCGGCGAGGGAUUCCAGGCUGAUGCAGGUGUGAAUGGGAAUCACAGCGCGAGGACUCACUGUACUUCCACGACAGAGAGAAGCAGAUAUGCAGGCUCCCAGCAAACGGUGACAUAUGAAAACUUUGCAGAACGGAGCAACGAGCAAAGAAACUCCACGUGGAAUCCCAGGUUCAAAGACUGUCUGAAUCACUCCUGGAGGUGGAACAGAAGCCCUCAGGUGUCCAGCACUCUCAAGCUAGUGAUGGGAGACCGUCAGUCCCCGAAGAUGACGAUGGAGAAAGACCUACAAGAGCCGAGAUCCUUGGAGGCUCCAGCAAGGGAGAUGAAGAGCGAGUCUGAUCAGGCCAGAACAGAGUCGGUAAAUCUGGGGCUCGGCGAGGAUGGCAGGCGGCAGGAGUUACGAGAUGCUGGACGUGGGAAUGAUCUCAACAACACACCAAACCAGAACAUGACAGCGGACAGGACGCGGAGCCGGCAGCUGGAAGGGUUGGAGCUGGGACAGGAGCAGAGGGCAGCUGAACUCACCCAACUCUUGGAGAGAAACAGCAACUUGGAAUCAAGGGUCCAGGAGCUGGAGAGGAGCCUGGAGGCCGUGACGGCCAAGCAUGAAGAAAGUCUGAGUUUGAGAGAUCAGGUUUGGCCUUCGGAAGAGGCGAUGAAGAAACUGAGUGAAGAACUGAAGCAGGAGGCAAAAAUGAUGGUCCAGAACGCCCUGGCUCAGGAGUACAAGAAGUGGGAAGCAGAUCGGGAGGAACAGCUCCAACAACAGCAGUCGUCUCUCAAAGAGGAGAAUGAAAGAGCCAUCACUCAGUCAAAGGAAGAGCUGGCAAAGGAACGAUGGAAUUCACUGGCGUUACAGAAUAAAAUUAUCGAGUUGCAGAAGAGGGUUCAGGAGCUGGAGUUGAGGAGUCGCUCCCUCCAGCAGGAGAAGGAGCAAGCUGUGCGAGACGUGGCUGAGGACAAGCAGAGGGAGCUCCAGCAGCUCAGGAAGGAGAUGCAACUGGAAAAGGAACGCGAAGUCAAGAGGCUGGCGUGGAAGGUGGAGCAGUCAGAGAGAGAGCUGGCUAACCUGCAGUCCAGGAGCAGUGAGGCCACGGUGAAACGGAGGGAAGCCCAGGAGCAGAGGGAGCAGGCCGAGGGAUCCUUAGUGUCCACGAUCAGAAAAGAGUGUGAACACCUUCAAGCAUUGAUACGGAGCACAAGAGGAAGAGUACUGGCGGAGGCCGUGAGUCCAUCAUCCAGAGAACUGCGAAGCCCAUCACAGAUGACACUGGGGGAAGCUCUUCACACACUGCACACAGUUGGUGAGGAUAUGCAUCAACUUGUGAUGGACCUGCAGCAGGAACUGGAGACCAAGUGGCAGAAAGGACAUUCUCCACAGAAGGACAAGGAACGAGAGGUCAGACAGCACCAAGGAGAACAGUUUUUGCUGGAAAAGGAAAAGGCUCUGGCAGCCAUUGAGGACAGACUGCUCCAGAAUCGCAAUGAGGUCAGCAGGUUGCAGAGCUCGCCAGUGCCGGACUGUGGGAGUGAAGAGGAGCACACACUAACACAGCAGCUUCUGGAGAAGGCCACUGAGUCACGAACAGUCCAAAGGAACAUUGCCAAAUGGACGUUUGAGGAAGAAUUGAAUGAAGAACUUGAAAAGGAUGUCUUGAAGAAUACAAUUGAACAUCAAAAGAAGAUUGAAAAGCUGGAAAAUGAAAUCCACCAACUAUCAUUGGAGCACAGUGAAAAUUCUCAUUUGCGAUGCGUUUCCACUCCGUCAAUGGCUUCCUCUACAGUCAUCUCUUUCAGACAGCAGGAUUUUGGGACACUGAAGCUGUUCCGUCAUUUGCAAAGUCGCGUGAAGCAGCUCCGAGCAGAAAACCGCAUCUACCAUGGAACUGGCCUGGAGGAUGUGAACACUCUGCACAUUGAAGCAGGCAACUCGUACAAAAAGAUGAACCAGCUCAAGAACUAAUUGGAAUGGGAGAUGAGAUCUGGGGAGGAAGCAUCAUUUCACUUGUCUCGAUCCGUUUGCAGUGAGAGAUUGUACAUGAUCCAAGCCAUCUAUUAUUCUGCCAAAUGAAGCAGGACUUAAACCUAGGCUGCAGUCCAUCCUGCUAACAUGGAGAAGCUGGUCUUGAUCAUGAGCAAAACCCGAGUUCUAUGAGGAAAGAGAGACUGAGUGCUAUAAACGUAAAGUCUAGGGAUACAGCAUGGAAACAGGCCCUUCGGCCCACCAAGUCUGCGCUGAUCAGCAAUCAUCCUACACACUAGAAACAAUUUACAAUUUUACCAAAGCCAAUUAACUUACAAACCUGCACAUCUUUGGAAUGUGGGAGGAAGCCCGAGUACCCGAUGGAAAACCCACGCGGUCACAGAGAACGCACAAACUCAGUACAGACAGCACCCGUAGUCAAGAUCAAACCCAGGUCUCCGGUACUGAAAGGCAGUUGGUACUGCUGUGCCAUUGUGCCACCCUAAACUAUUUAAAUAACAAUUUUAAAAUAUAUUCAAUGCUAAACUCCUUCAAUUCUUUGCAAGAGAACAAUGCAGCUCUCCUAAACAUCAGUUAUACCAAAUCAGCCUUGCAUUGGAUUACUUAAACUGCAAAACUGAACAGAUGUAAUCUGUUGAAUGGUUACCACAACAGAUUGCACAAUGGUGGGCACGAUAUUUAAUACAUCUACUCCACCAUCAACAUCCGAGACAGAAACUUCUCAUGCUUAAAAAAAAGUCACCACUACCAGAGCCAGUCAGAGAUUGAGCAUUCUGCAGCUAUUAACUUCCCAAAGCAAUCUACCACACAAAAGUCAAGGUGAUGGAAUGAUUUCAACUCCAACAGUACAGAACUACGGGACAAAGCUGACAGCUUGAUGAUACAACGUACUCCCUCCAAAACCUAAACCAGUCAUGUAAGUUGAUGCUUCAAAAAUAGCUUUCAUCUAAAAGAAAGCUAUGAUUGCCUGUAAAUAUAUCAUGCAACGCAGUGUCAGAUUUAAACAAUAUUAUGCUGUUGUUAUCUUGAAUUGUUUUAGAUUAUAAAUUACAUUAAAUGGUGCUAUACAAA